AUGCAUCUCAUUCGGCGCCAUGAAGGUCACAAAGAAGUGAAGACUGACCAAUACUGGGCAUUUGGUUACUAUUUAGAGACUCUCAACGACAAGCAAAAGCACCAGCGACGAGAAUACUUGGACUGGUAUGGAUUCGUGGCGCAAUGGUCGGUCUUGGCCAUAUUUGUGCUAUUUCAAAUUGCCUUCCUCAUCCAAUGGACGGCGAAGAGCGGCCUCAAAUAUGAUGCACCAAAGUCGCCGUCUUUCACCAAGCGUCCAACUGGGAGGCUUGGAUGGACUAGGAAGCUGCAGAACCUUUCGACAAAGGCGAAUUGGUGGAUGAGUAAAGACGUCAUCAGAGGUUGGGAUUGGGGCACAAGAGGGGAGUGGGUUGGUGGGAGUCUCUGGACGAUAUGGCUGCUGUACCUGUGCAUCGCCAAAACUGGAAAUGAUUAUCUACACCUCACAAAGCGUUUCGGGCAGGUCGGGGCCUCGCAGCUGCCGGUUCACUAUCUGUUGGCCAUGAGAGCGCCAUAUUCACCAGUCCAGUGGCUGACGCGGUGCUCACACGAGCAGUUGAAGGCUGCCCAUCAGAUCCUUGGCCGCAUCGUCUUCCUCUUGUUCUCCUUGCAUGGAAUCUUCUACCUCAACUUCUUCAUCAUUUCUGGCUUCCUCGCAAAACGCAUCAAAGACUGGGACGUCAUCUGGGGCAUCGUCAGCAUUGCCCUAUUUGCCACAAUUAGCACAACAGCUCUUGCCUUUGUAAGGCGACGGAGCUAUCGAGUCUUCUUCAUCUCCCACAUCGCGAUCGCAAACUUUAUAAUUUUGCCAAUGUGGCUGCAUGUGUCGCACAUUCGCAUAUUUGUUUACCAGGUCAUAUUUGUUGAAGCGCUUCACCUCGUCUUCCGAGCCUUGCGACUAAAAGUAUACCAAGGCACCAUUCGACUCCUGCCCGGCACCAAUCUUACACAAAUACGCAUACCGUUACCGGAUAACAGCUCUGCCCUGGAAUGGAAGCCCGGACAGCACGUAUACCUCAGCAAGCCCUGGGGCAAAGCAACUUCGCCAUCGUUCUAUCAGCAGUGGUUGAUGACGAACAAGACAAAUCCAUUCACAAUUGCUUCAAUACCAUCCAAGGACAAAGAGUUGCUGCUUGUUGCAAGGACCUUAAAAGGCAAUACGAAGUAUCUUGCAGAGCUCGCGCAAAAACUAGCCCAAGGUGGAAGUGGCAUCCCGAUGCUGCCCACAGCUGGAGGCGAUAUCCCCAUCUUGCCAAUUGCACUUGAAGGUCCAUAUGGCGCAUCAUCACGAUUACCAGAUCUGUCAGAUUAUGACAGGGUUUUACUAGUAGCUGGAGGAGUCGGCGCAACAUUCAUCAUGCCCAUAUAUCGCAGCAUCGUCGAAAUGCACGACCCAUCACCUGCAGGUACGCAGAUACGCUGUGUAUGGGCUGUUCAGAAACUGGCCGAGACGCAAUGGGCUUUCCCCACGUCCACACCUUCGAAGGAAGACGAAAGUGAUGCAGAAUCAAGUGACGAAGAAAAUGGGUCAGCACAGGCCACAAGCGUCGUCGAAGUUUACGUCACGCGCCCCUCCGGUCCAAGCCUACAAUCGCCCAACCCCAAUGUCUUCGCCGUAGACGACGAAGAUAGCGAAGCAAUCGAAAUGGCAGAAGACGAGCAGCUACUAAGCAUGGAAGAUCAGAUGGACAAACCUCGGAAGGGCAUGGUCAUCAAGAGCGGCCGGCCGAAAUUAGACGUCAUCGUUGAUGAGGUGUUCAGCAAGGGUCUGAGAACGGCCGUGAUUUGCUGUGGGCCGAAGAGGCUGACGGAGGAUUUGAAGAAAGAUGUUGAGAUUUGGAUCAAGAGGGGGAAUGAGGUGUUUUGGUGGGAUGAGACGUUUGGAUGGUAG